AAUUAAAAAAAAAUUAAAAAAAAAAAAAAAAAAAAAAAACCAUAUACAGAGAGUAGUAAAAUGUUAGUAUAAGUGUAUAACAGUAAGGUUUAGUUUUAAGGACAAAGCACAACCAUAGGAAGUAUGAUAAUGGCAAAUUUGGUACCAACAUUAUCUCUUUCCUUGACUUCCAUCAAAAUCAACAACCACCGUUUAUUUACACACAGUAGAAGCAGCCAAAGCUUCUCAACUGGUAUAGGAAUUGGGCAUUUUCCUGCUGUUCGUGCUGCCCCCAAUUCUCCUCGCCCCACUUCACAAAAUAGCACCCACAACUCACCUUUUCAGGAUGACUUGAAGUAUGUGGUAAAAUUAGGAGUUGGUUCAGUCUUGGGUGCAGCCUUGGUUAAAUAUGGGAGUGCAAUUGUUCCAAAUAUCACUACACCCAACAUCACACUGGCUCUCUUUAUGAUUUUAGCUCCUGUAAUCAUUGCUAUUGUCCUCUUAUUCAAUGGAAGUCGUAAAGAUUGAUCAUUUGUGUUGCUUAAAAGAAGCAAAUUGAUGAGAUUCAUUUCAUCAUUUUUAAAUUUUAGAAUCAUUUGUAAUGGAUUGUGGCCCUUUUGUUAUCAUCUUAUCAUUAACAAAAAUAAAGUUUCCA